AUGGCGGAGAAGCGGCCACUGGGGACCCUGGGGCCUGUGAUGUAUGGCAAGCUGCCCCGCCUAGAGGCCGACUCCGGGCCCGGGCACAGCCUGCCCCCCUCUGCUGGUAACCAGGACCCCUGCAGCUACAAGGGUGCCUACUUCUCCUGCCCUAUGGGGAGUGCUCCCAAGGCAGGGUCUGAGCGGUUGGCAUCUUGGACCCCAUACCCACCCUUGUACCCUCCCAGCGUGGCAGGACCCCCUCUUCGGACGGACAGCCUGUUGACCAGCUGCCUGCUCUACCGCUCACCAGCAGAAAGCUCUGAGAAGGUGCAGGACCCUGGUCCUGUUGAGCUCCUGCCCUUCGGUCCCCAGUCUCUUUCCUACCCAGGCCCACCGUUGGCGGCACCCACACCUGUCUACCGGAACCCUCUGUGUUACGGGCUCUCGACUUGCCUGGGGGAUGGGGCAGCGAAGAGGCCACUGGACGUUGAUUGGACGAUGGUGACUGGACCCCUCUUACCCCCGGCUGACCCAUCCUGUUCUCUGACCCCAACUCCUGGCAAGGGCCCAUCCCUAGAUGGCACCUUCUUGCGGGGGGUGCCAGCUGGCAAAAACUCAGUAAGCUUCUCCCCGUGCCAGGCGUUUCUGGAGAAGUAUCGGACCAUCCACAGCACAGGCUUCCUGGCCUCCAAGUAUGCAGGCCCUUACUCUGGGGACCCCAAGCAGGCAUUGUCCGAUGGACCCCCCAGUCCUUGGACCCAGCUGGCCCAACCCCUGGGGCCAGCCUGCCAGGAUACAGUGCCUACCCACUACCCGCCCCCUCACCCUCCACGGGCCCUGCCUUGCCCAACAGCCUGUCGCCACCCAGAGAAGCAGGGCAGCUAUAGCUCAGUGCUCCCGCUACAGCCUGUGGGAGCCCACAAGGGGGCUGGGUACCCAGCUGGUGGGCUGAGCAGCCCCUACCUGAGGCAGCAGGCCGCCCAGGCACCCUAUAUGCCCGCAGUGGGCCUGGAUACUUUUUCCUACCCCUCUGCCCCACUCCCAGCACCCUCACCAGGCCUCAAGCUGGAGCCACCUCUUGCUCCCCGGUGCCCACUGGACUUCGCUGCCCCCCAGACACUGGGCUUUCCUUACACCCGGGAUGACCUCACUCUCUGUGGAGCAUCCCCGGGGCUUGGAGGGACGCCACCUUCCCAAAACAAUGUACAGGCUGUGCCGCAGCCCAGUGCCUUCCAGCGAGCAUGCCAGCCCCUACCCGCCAGCCAGCCCUGCCCAGAGCCUGGGAGGCCUGCAGAGGAGAAGAUGUGGCUGCCCAGCUGCAGGAAAGAGCAGCUCCGGCACCAGCCCGGUGAGCACCCCGGAGCACCCAUUGUCAUUGGAGAUAGCCCAGUUCCACGCACCCCUCCGGCGCUCCCGCCCUGCGCCCGGGAGCACCAGUCUCUUGCGCCGAACGAGGGCGCGCUGCCGCCCGGCUCUCCACCCAUGCCGAUUAUCGACAAUGUCUUCAGCCUGGCCCCCUACCGGGACUAUCUGGACGUGCCGGCACCCAAGGACACAGCUGAGCCUGAGCCAGCCCCAGCCCCCGGUGAGAGCCCUGCCAAAGACUUGGGGGGGGCCCUGCCUGCCCGGGAUGCCCCUUCGAAGGCUCACUGCUCACUUAGAGAGGAGGUAGCCCUGGACUUAAGUGUGAAGAAGCCUGUGGCAGAGGCUCCCAUCAGGGUUCCUAGUCCCGCGGUGCGUGCCAAGCCCACGGCAGCCCUGGAUGCGCCAGCUGUGGGGAACACAGUCUCGGAUCUGCCAGACCUGGAAAAGAUAGUCUCGGAGGCACCGGGGCUGCCUGGGGUACCGGCGACCACCGAGGCCGCCCCACGGACCAACUUCCACAGCUCCGUGGCCUUCAUGUUCCGAAAAUUCAAGAUCCUCCGGCCAGCACCCUUGGCUGCAGCUGUGGCCCCAUCGGCGCCCACCACUGCCCCUGCGUCUGCCCAGCCUGUACCAACCCCCACAUCCGUGCCCCUUGGUCUCCAGAUUCUCACACAGCCCUUGCCCGUGGCCUGCUUCAACCUGGCGCUGCCCAGCCCUCCAGCCGUAGCCAUGGCCUCCCCCACCCUGGCCCCGGCCCCAUCGCCUGCCCCGGCCCAGGCUCCGGCUCCAGCUUCUACCCACGCGGCGGCGGACUCUCCAGAGCAACACUUCACAGGACUGCACGCUUCCCUGUGCGAUGCCAUCUCGGGCUCAGUGGCACACUCUCCCCCCGAGAAGCUGCGUGAGUGGCUCGAGACGGCCGGGCCUUGGGGCCGGGCGGCGUGGCAGGACUGUCAGGCUGUGCAGGGGCUGCUGGGCAAGCUGCUGUCGCAGCUGCAGAGCUUCGUGUGCACACAGCAGUGCCCCUUCCCCCACGUGGUGCGGGCCGGGGCCAUCUUCGUGCCCAUCCACCUGGUGAAGGAGCGGCUCUUCCCACGGCUGCCUCCCGCCUCCGUGGACCACGUGCUGCAGGAGCACCGCGUGGAGCUGCGGCCCACCACGCUGUCCGAGGAGCGGGCGCUGCGCGAGCGGGCCCUGCACGGCUGCACGUCACGCAUGCUCAAGUUGCUGGCGCUGCGCCAGCUGCCCGACAUCUACCCCGACCUGCUGGGCCUGCAGUGGCGUGACUGCGUCCGCCGCCAGCUGGGUGACUUUGACACUGAGGCUGGAUCUGUGCCCUCCUCAGAACCCACCAUGGCCAGAGAUGAGCCGGAGAGCCUAGCCCUGGCUUGGAAGUCACCUGUCCCCAAGGCCAGGAAGCCAGGGAGGAAGCCACCAACCCCUGGCCCGGAGAAAGGGGCAGCUGCUGGGGAAGGGUCCCACGGUACCUCCCCUGCCCCUGCCGCCACCACCAGCCCCCCUGGCCCCACGCUAAGGGCCCGCUUCCGCAGCCUGCUGGAAACUGCCUGGCUCAGUGGCCUGGCACUGCCUACUUGGGGCCACAAGGCCUGAGGGCCGGAGUGGCCCGUGCCUCACCCACAGGUGCUGGGUGGCCAGAGCCAUCGCUGUAGCGCUGGUGGCUGUUUGGGGGUCACUGAACCCCUACCUUUUCUACAGUAUCCCUCCUGGGCCUGCCAACAGCUGGAGCCUGGCUUUGCACUAGGCCAGGAUGUGGAACGGCAGCCGCCAUUGCUCCUGCUGCCGCCUAUCCAGGCCUGA